AUUCAUUACGUUCAUUACCGAUAUAUAAUCAUACCUUAAUGUAUAAUUUGUUUCAUUAUCGGCGAAAGUUUUUACUCAUGCAUUUUUAGUAAUCAUUCCAAAGUACUUCGAGUAUGAUUUUCAGUCAAGACUACGAACGUACGGUUAAUGAUGUUCGCUCCAUUAUUCAGUACGCCAAAUUGGAUCACAAAAAUUUAACCAAUACUGCUCAGGCUAUUUAUUAUCCAGAUAAUUUUGCUCCAGAUUUGUCUAAUCUCAAGUUAUUAGAAGUAGACGAUCACAUACUUCAGGAAAUCAAAGAAGGCAAAUCGGUUUCCUUUAAAGGUGCUCUGAACGAAAAGGUCGUAAUUUGUACCGAUAGUCGCACAUACGAUGUGAAGGAGGCUGAAAUUUCCAAUAGCUUGCUGUUAGUGCCACAUCUGAAACAAGCUCAGGCGACCAGUCGUUCCCCGAUCAAGAGUCCUAAGGGUGGAAUUAAUACAUCACUAGACAGUAGCACUGAGGAGGCGGAUGAAGAAGUAGACAGUAUUGAUGAAAUUGAGCGGAAAAAUGUGGUUAAAAUUUUUCACGACUACUUUGAAUGUCGACAGGUAAAGCCCAAGUACAGAAAAAUUAUCGAUCUUUUACGGUUGACGCGUUAUUCGGGUGCCGAAAAUGAACACCUCGUGGAUCGAUCUUUGCUGUUUAGGUUUAAACAAUUGUUGGAUACGGUACAGUGCAGCAGAGAAGAGUUUCAGGAGGGUUUGAAAAAGUAUCGGGCAAUUGAAUUUGAAGAUAGAAUUCGGAUGCUGCAUAGUGAGUACGAAUACCGGGUAAUGACACUGAUGUUGGCUCUGAUUGCCGAAAAUUCGUGGGAGCUAGAUGAAAUUGAUAAAGCUGCCACGAUCGACGCACUAGACGGUAUUGUACCAUAUGAAAUCGUUGAUCGCAUUUUCGAUGUUUACACAGUUCCCAGCGAACGAGUGGAAAGCUGUUUUCGUUAUCGCGAAGAUCUUGUUUGUUCAUUGUUCGCGGAGAAUAUCCUCCAGCAAGGUUUGAAAUUUCACAUAGAAGAUUUUCUAACAAAUUGGCAGCAAACACUUCCGGAGGGAUUCGUGAUCGAUGAGAAGUAUCUGCGUGGGAUAGGAAUAAUCGACCGAGAAGGAGCGGUUCCCUGUGUGCGAGGGCUCAGUGAGGCAGACCUACCAACAAAUUUGCUUGUACGACUCAGUAUGCUUUUCAAAACGAAGGAGAGAUGGAAUCUGGAACAGAUUGAACCAUACAUCGAAUGCUUCACAACGCCUACAUUGGGCGUGACAGCAAUUCUGGCUAAACACACCCGCUCAUUGGUUGCUAACGGAGUGCGAAUCUACGUAUCAAAGCAUUGAACUGCACAGAACAAUCA